AUGAGCUCCUACCACAACAACCAGCUGAAGAUGGUCGGCUUGUUCGAUUCUGAUGAGACAUACGAUUCCCCAGGCCAGGCGCCUCUGGUCCCGUGGCCCUCCCAGAGCAACUCUAGCCAUUUCGAUGGCGCUGACAUUGGGUACCUCUACAACUAUGAGUCUGCGCCGCGAGUCAAACACGACUUCGCGAGCCGUUCGUUUCAGCCAGACCACUUCGUUGCUGACCCUGCCGGUAGCCAGUACCAGAAGCAAGCUGAUGGUGCUCAGGCAGAGAGCGAGGAUCGCGUUUCCCAAGUGAGUUACACCCCUGGGCAAGACAGCGAGGAUUACGAGAGUGCUUGCGAGGACCGCCUGCCAUCCAAGUCCACAAAGAUCAACAAGGACGGUGCACCUCGCAAACCUCGCCAGCCUCGUCCCAAGCUUCUCAAGUGGACCGAUAACGACUGGAAGAAUGCUGUUCUCGGCAUUGUCUGGGCAUGUGGCGAGAAGGGUAUUCAGAUCCCAUUCGAGCAAGCCGCCCAAGUUGUUGGCAAAAACUGCACCGCCAGCGCGCUUCAACAGGCUGUGUUGAAGUUGCGUGGCAAGCAGGUUGCUGACGGCAAUCGCAUCCCCACACUGAAGAUGGCCUGGACACGCAAGAACAGAAGUGGAAGCUCUCCAUUGCCCAUUGCUAAUACGCAGUCUACACAGGUUCAGCCCCCGGUUAAGGCCCGUCCACGCAAGCGCGCCGACUCUCUUAUUGUGAAGCUUAAGAUCGCGCGUCGCGGCAUCGAUGGUAUGAGUCUUGAGACUGCCAAACAGCCAGAGAUCAAGCUUCCCUCAGACAUGUUCGCAGGUGCUCAGCACACAACUGUUCAGCAGCCUAUCCGCCAAGUUCAUCAGCAUUCUAUGCACCAGCCCCAGGAGGUGACUUCUAAGGUCGAACAUUACAACCCGAACCACUGUGCGGACAUGACUUACGCAUAUGCCCCUCCCUAUACCAAUCCUGGAAACCAGGUUCAGAUGGGUCAUGAUGCUGGAAAUCAGGCAUAUAUGGGUUUCGGCUUCGAUACAGCAUCCUUCCCGAACAUGGCUGAGGAGUCUGCCCACUCGGUAGAGCAACGCAAGCUCUACAACCGCAACCACAUAGUUGUUGACGAUCUCUUGAUCGACGAAGAUAACUUCAUUAUGGGUACUACUGACCAGUUGCGUUCGCUUGAGGACAUUGUCACUCCAGAGAACAACCCCUUUGAUAGUGGCUUUCUCACCGACAUGCCGAAUCAAGCAGCCCAGGUCUAUAGAAAUCCCUAUGGAGGAAAUGCCGAGUACAGCCAGGAGUCCAACCCAGUUGAUCAUCGCCAUCUGGACUCUGUCAACUUCUCCGACUUUACUGACUAUGCCGCUUAUGCUGUAGGUGACAACAGCCAGGAGCUACUUGGUGACAUCUUCAAGACUGAGGCUCCUGAUGUGCAGCCAUACAGCCCCCGCUACUUCGGCUGA